CUCCUCCCUCCCACUCCUCCUUCUCUUCUUCCUCUUCCUCCUCCCCCUCCUCUUCCUUCUCCUCCCCAUCCCCCUUCUCCUUUUCCUCCUCCUCCCCCUAUUCUUUCUCCUCCUCCUCCUCCUCCUCCUCCUCCUCUUCCUUUUCCCACUCCUCUCUUCCUCCUCCUUCCUCCUCCUCCUCUUCCUUCUCCUCCCCCUCCUCCUUCUCCUUUUCCUCCUCCUCCCCCUAUUCUUUCUCCUCCUCCUCCUCCCUCCUCCUCCUCCUCUUCUUCCUCUUCCUUCUCCCUCCUCCUCCUCCCCCUCCUCCUUCUCUUCUUCCUCUUCCUCCUCCCCCUCCUCUUCUUUCUCCUGCCCCUCCUCCUUCUCCUUUUCCUCCUCCUCCCCCUAUUCUUUCUCCUCCUCCUCCUCCCCGCCGGCUUUCCUCCCCUAAGUGCUGAAAUAUUUGCAAGGAGCCCAGGGACUCCAUUCUUUUCCUUGCAAAGCUUUUCGGAUCGCGGACCGAGCCUUCUGGGCCUCUCUCUCUCUUUCUCUUUCUCUCUCUCUCUCUUUUUCCCUUUUGGGGAGGCGGAGGGUGGGGAGAGGGGGAGAUUGCUUAGCCGGCUCAGUUUUCUUUCCACAACCCCCCCUCCAGACCCCCUCCCCCCAAAAAGCCCCCCGCGAUGGGCUGCACCCUAAGCGCGGAGGACAAGGCGGCGGCCGAGCGGAGUAAGAUGAUCGACCGGAAUCUCCGAGAAGACGGAGAAAAAGCGGCCCGCGAAGUCAAGCUCCUACUCCUGGGAGCCGGUGAAUCCGGAAAAAGCACAAUUGUCAAACAAAUGAAAAUUAUCCACGAAGCUGGAUAUUCCGAAGAGGAAUGUAAACAGUAUAAAGCAGUUGUCUACAGUAAUACAAUCCAGUCCAUUAUUGCUAUCAUAAGAGCUAUGGGGAGGCUGAAAAUAGACUUUGGAGAUUCAGCCAGGGCUGACGACGCGCGUCUACUCUUUGUCCUUGCUGGAGCAGCAGAAGAAGGCUUUAUGACGGGAGAACUUGCUGGGGUGAUCAAAAGAUUGUGGAGAGACCCCGGAGUUCACACCUGUUUCAACCGAUCGAGAGAAUAUCAGCUUAAUGACUCAGCCGCAUACUAUUUGAAUGAUUUGGACAGAAUCGCCCACACCGGUUAUAUCCCAACACAACAAGAUGUCCUCAGGACCAGAGUGAAAACCACAGGAAUAGUGGAAACUCAUUUUACUUUCAAAGAUCUCCAUUUUAAGAUGUUUGAUGUUGGAGGCCAAAGAUCAGAAAGGAAAAAAUGGAUUCAUUGCUUUGAGGGGGUUACAGCUAUAAUUUUUUGUGUGGCACUUAGUGAUUAUGACUUGGUCCUUGCAGAAGAUGAAGAAAUGAAUAGGAUGCACGAAAGCAUGAAGUUGUUUGAUAGCAUCUGCAACAAUAAGUGGUUUACAGACACUUCUAUCAUCCUGUUCUUAAAUAAAAAGGAUCUCUUUGAAGAAAAAAUCAAAAGGAGUCCUCUUACUAUUUGCUAUCCAGAAUACCCAGGAUCAAACACAUAUGAAGAAGCAGCUGCGUACAUCCAGUGUCAGUUUGAAGACCUAAACAAGAGAAAAGACACGAAAGAAAUCUACACCCACUUCACCUGUGCCACCGAUACCAAGAAUGUUCAAUUUGUCUUCGAUGCGGUCACCGACGUCAUCAUCAAGAAUAAUUUGAAAGACUGUGGUUUAUUCUAAACAUGUACAUCCAACUAUCCUUUUAUUUUUUUAAAAAAACAAAAACCAAAUGUGCUUUUUUUUUUUUAAAAAAAGACCAUGAAUAAUUUUAGGGCUGGGGGGUUUAUUUAUUUUUAUUUAUAUAAUGUGAGAUAUAUUGUCCGUGCGUGGCCUUGGGUUAAAGAAUCACUUCAGAAAUUCGGUCCUGCUAGUUUAUGUAAAAAGCCAUGGAUUCUAAGGACCAGAAGGAUGGGAGUCAUUCAUUCUGUAAGCCAUUGUUCUAUGUCUUCAUUGGACCGGUUUGAAUAAUUGCUUAGGCAAUCAUGAAUACAGCUGUGGAGCAUUGGCCAGAUAGUCAAUAUGGUCCUUGUGAACGACACAGUGGAAGUCCUGCAUCUUUGACAUGUCUAGCACAUGACAGAAGAGGUCAUGCUUUUUUGAUGGCCCACCAUCCUGCUGUUUGAAACCUCACUGGAGAUGCUUUGUCAAAUACAGUAGUGGCCAAAAUUGUGGGAACAUUUUUGGAAAAGUGUAUUUUUAAGGUUUGAGGGCUAAUAACACCACUUUUUUUUUUUUUUUUGAGUUUCAAGAUAAUCCUAUUCCACUGCUGGAAUGGCCUGAGAAUAGCCCAGACCUUCACCCAAUUGAAAAUCUAUGGAGACGACUAAAGAAACUGGUUAGUCAGAAGCCACCCAGCAAUCAAACCCAGUUAAUAGAAGCCAUCAUUCAAUCUAAGGCUUCAAUAAGGAGCAUUGGUGGUGCAGCGGACUAGAGUGUUGUUAAAGUAGCACUUAGCUGCCAGCUGCCUGCUAUUAUUGCAAGUUCAAAUCUCACCAGGCUCAAGGUUGACUCAGCCUUCCAUCCUUCCGAACAGUGGUGGGUUCCUCCCGGUUCGGUCCGGUUCGGCCGAGCCGAUAGCGGUGAUGAUAUGACAUCACCGAACCGGUUCUCCCACCCACCCACCCACGUACGUUAUUCUUACCUUUUAUUUGGUCCCACCCCCAAUCUAUUGCUGCCUCCUGAGUCACAACUGAUGACUAGAGGGAAAAAAACUGUUUAAACUCUUGCCGCGGGGCUUCAAAGGGCCGCCCUACAGCUGAUCAGUGUUAAAAGCAAACAAAUGAGUCGGGUCGUAAGUGCGAGGACUGGUUGUAAGUGCGAGGACCUUUCAGAAAUGACUCUGACCAGCUAGCCACGCCCACCUAGUCACAUGACCUCCGAGCCACACCCACAAAAUAAGCCACGCCCACAGAACCGGUAGUAAAAAAAUUUAGAACCCACCCCUGCUUCCGAGGUUGGUAAAACGAGGACCCGGAUUGUGGGGGCAAUAAACUGACUUUGUAUAAAAAAAGAAUACCACUUAGGGGGGCCCAAAAGCCCUACUAAGCAGAUAUAUACAAAAGUAUGAAGGCUAUUGAUCUUAACUGAUGAGCCAAAUUGGUUUAAUUAUUUUAAAUUGUUUUUAUUUCACAUUUUUAUAUGUAUGUUAUUUUGACUGUUCACCGCUCUGAGUCCUUCGGGAGAAGGGCGGUAUAAAAAUGAAUGAAUGAAUGAAUGAAUGAAUGAAUGAAUGAAUGAAUGAAUGAAUGAAUGAAUAAAGCAUUGUAAGCCACCCUGAGUCUCUGGAGAAGGGCGGCAUAUAAAUCGAACCAAUAAAUAAAUAAAUAAAUCUUGGUUUCAUAUUAGAACAGCUGCAGAACUAAAAGACUUGGUUCACUCCAUGGGAAGACGUUGUAAGGCCGUAAAUCAUGCUAAAGGUUACUCAACUACCGUGUUUUCCUGAAAAUAAGACCCUGUCUUAUAUUUUUUUGAACCCUGAAAUAAGCACUUGGCCUUAUUGCCAUGCACUCAAAAGCCCGAUUGGGCUUAUUAUCAGGGUUUGGUCUUAUUUUGGGUACGUAUUAAUUGACCUGGUGAUCAUUUUUGUAUAUCUCUUUUUUUUCUACAUGUUUCACUUUUCUUCUUUAUACCGUAACUGCUAUUCUAACAGCAAAUCCUUCCUAAAAGUUAUUGCAUUGCAUUCUUGAUUCAAUUAUCUUUCCAUUGAUAUACAAUUUUAUGGUGCUAUUCCAAGAAAAAAAAAAGUGUUAUUAGCUAGUUUUAGAAAAUACACUUUCCCCAAAAGGUUUCCACAAUUUUGGCCACUACUGUAUCUUGAUUGUGCAUUGACUUUUCUCCAUCCGUGUUGGGUUUGUGAGGUCCUUGGCGCUCUCUGAGCUUGGUGGUUUUCUUGAAGAUGUUUCCUUACCAAACUGGGUGACAUCAUCAAAGAACCCCAAAGACUGUUGAUGUUCCCUCGUUUGGUAAUGAAACGUCUCGCGAAAACCACAAAGCUCAGAGAACGCCAAGGACUCCGUCAAGGUUCAACCCUGAGCUACGACUCUUCACUUCUACUCUUUGGUUUAUAUGAACACGGAACACCACAUUUAAAUGAUUUGUUGCGUCUUGCCGGAGUGCCCAUGUCUUGAAAGCUGUUGUUACUGUACAAUAGCGAGGAUUUUGUUUUGGGGAUUGUUAAUGACACUUCUAAAAUAAUCCUCAUAUUUUUUAUUUUAUUUUUUUUUAUGUUAUGCAUGUCGCCUUCUUUUUUUUCUUGAAAUCAUGGAUUUGUAGAUCUGUAAUUAGCGUUGUAGACUUUACUCUUGCAUAAAAGGAAUCUUUCCACUUGCUCAGGAUUAAAAUAGUAAAUGGCCCAA